GGAGAACUCCAGGAAGAGAACCGGAAGCUACUCCUGCAACUUCCACCGAGUCAACUCCAGGAGCUGAUCCAGAAAGUGCUCAAGAUACAAGCUCCGAAACUACUCCUGAGAGUGCCACUGAGACUACCACGGUAGCUGCCCAAGAAUCAUCCUCAGAUCCAUUUAUUAUCCCGCCAGAAGUUCCAGCUACUACACCUGUAGUCGCACCAGUUCCAACUACUACCCCUGUGGUCCCACCAGUUCCAACUACUAGCCCAGUGGUCCCACCAGAAGUUCCAACUGCUACACCUGUAGUCCCACCAGUUCCACCAGAAGUUCCAACUACUACCCCAGUGGUCCCACCAGAAGUUCCAACUGAUACACCUGUAGUCCCACCAGAAGUUCCAACUACUACCCCUGUGGUCCCACCAGAAGUUCCAACUACUACCCCAGUGGUCCCACCAGAAGUUCCAACUACUACCCCAGCGGUCCCACCAGAAGUUCCAACUACUACCCCAGUGGUCCCUCCAGAAAUUCCAACUGCUACACCUGUAGUCCCACCAGUUUCACCAGAAGUUCCAACUACUACCCCUGUCGUCCCACCAGAAGCAACUACUACACCAGUGGUCCUGGUCCCUCCAGAAGUUCCAACUACUUCCCCUGGGCCAGGUAUCGACCCACCGGCAGAAGCAACUGGUAUCGUUCCUGAACCACCCAUCGCCUCACUGAAAGUUGAAACUUCUAUCCCUGGGCUAGUUAUCGUCUCAUCAUUUGUACCAAUUGCACCAUCCGAUAUUCCAAUUGUAAACCCUCCUACUACAGCUAUAAUUAUUCGUCCUCCUAGUACAGAUAAGACUGUUCCUAAGGUUCCAACUGAACUUCCUGACGAGGUUGAUCAAGCUGUCGCUACAGCAAUAGUAGCUCCUUCUAUGAGAACUGUGAGAGCUGAGAUCAAUAUUUCACCUGAUCAUGGACAAAAAGUCACUGGUUAUUCCACAAUUGCUGGUUCUGGAAAUACUGCCAAGCCCUAUGUUCCAACUACUGUAACAUCUCAAGUUAUCAGCGCUACCGGUGCCGUUGUCAGACCUAAUGUUCGAAUUGCUGGGGGGUCCGCUAGAUUAUCGUCUUCCGUUUCCGUAGCAAACUGUGUGAUUGCUAUGCUUUCCGUUUUUAUGAUUAUUUAA